CGGUUGGGUCACACACCAGGCCGUACGGCGCGUGGCGUAAUCGACGCAAACGCGCGCGGCAAGUGGACUAGGCAAGCACACAACAAACCGCACCAUAAAUAUUCCCAACAAAGCCAAGUUUUUGCGGAGAACGCGAACUGUCGAGACCGCGAUCGCGGUGCGUGCGUGCGUGCUCGAAGGGUUUCGUGUGUGGUCGCGUCCCAGAAGGCGCAAGCUUGCUGGCCGCGUGAGUAACAUGUAGGCGCGCUCGGGGAAGACGCGCAAAACCGGCUGCGGCUCGCGGCUUCCAGUGCUUCACGCGGCAGAGCCCGCAAAGGGGACGGCGCCGUUGUCAAUCGAGGAUUGCAUGUGGCCGUCAGUCGAGCCGCAUGACGACGCACUGCAUCGGGCACGAUUUAUGUUUGCCGUCAGAAUAAUGGCCGAAAAAGUAGACAAGUGAAUCGAUAGGUCAUCGUGGGGGUUUGUUCUUGGGGCUCGUGGCUAGCUUGUGAUAGAAAGGGCCGUUCGGAAGCAAAUCGGAGAAGAAAGUGAAGGGAAGCUGUAGAAGGAAGUGCAAAUAUCGCGUCAGCAAGAAACCCGGUCAACCUCCUUACUUGCCGCCAACAAGUUCAGAGUGCAGCCGCAUUGUGCCGGCUCGUGCGGUGUUUACAAAGGGAGCAGUGUCUGUUGGCUCCGUGUGUCAAUAUAGGCUUGGCCGUAUGAUUCGCAAGAUUUUCUAAGGGUCUGAACCGCCUCCGAGCCGAGGCGAAGGACGCACCUUUACGCGGAACGAAUGGAGCGCUAAUCGGCAAUCGGUUUCCUUCCAGCGAUCGAUGCCGCCAUCGAUGGCAACUAUAGAUUCAGAAACACUACGGUCCUGCCAUUGGAAUGAUCAGACGAUUGGGCGCUGUCCAUGUUCACCGCAGAGCGCAACCGUAUCCACGUUUGGGCCGGCCGAGCCAACUGCUAUGGCCAGUAGCACCGAGCUCAGCGAAACGGAAAUGUCUCCUACGGUACAGUCAGAAGCGACGACGACCAUCGAGCCAGUAACCGGAUCGGACGGAGCAGCAGUCAGUGCCGGACCGCCAUCGGUACCAUCUUCACCGACCGACCUCGGUGGGCGGAAGUUCCUGGCCGGAAGUCCCGGUGACUUGCCGAGCGUUGCGCUGGUACCGGAGGAGAGCCAUGCCGACGACAGCCGCAAUAGCAGCAGCAGCAAUAACAACAGUGCUAGCAUGAAAUGCCUAAACUUUGGCCGCCCAUCCUCGACCCCACACCACCACCACCACACAAGCGACGAGCCCGCGGACAGUGAGAGCGGGCGGUUCCAGCCGACCCCAACGUUAGAUAGCGCCGACGGUAAUCAAUUCGACGGCCACAGCCUUAGCUGCCGGAAGAUGGGUACCAGUGGUUCCGUGAUAGUCGCCGGCGGCGACGAAAAUCCCCGGAAACCGGUCGCCGCCGCCGUCAGUGGGUUGGCGCGCGGGCUCGCCGACGUGGUCCGGGUGUCGACCAGCGUGCCGCAACCGGUGAUCAUCCGGACCGAGUCGCCGGCCGAAGCGCGGAUGUCGCAAGGUCAAGAUAACGACGACAUGCUGGAGGCGUCGAACCGGUCCGAGUCGCAGCUCGAGAUCGGCACGGCCUGCAUCGACGGCGGUGGUGGCCGCGGCGGCGGGGUCGGCGGGCUGAAGGGGCGCGUGUUGCCCAAGCUGCAGACGCUCGACCAGACGACGCGCCCGAUCUACCCGAACGUCCCGUACAGCCCGUACAACAGCCCGUACGGAAGUCCGCGCAGUGGCCGCCGGAGGACGCCGCUGCGGGAGUCGCGACGCGUGUCGAUCGAACAGUCGGGCAGCUUUCUGCAGCUGAACCAGUACAAGCUGCUGGAUCAGAUCGGACAGGGUUCCUACGGGCUGGUGAAGCUGGCGUACUCGGAAGAAGACUCGACGCACUACGCGAUGAAAAUCCUCUCGAAGCGGAAGCUCCUGCGGAAGGCGGGCCUGAUGCGGCGUGGCCCCAAGCGCGGCACCUCGCCCCUGGACCGGGUCUACCGGGAGAUUGCCGUCCUGAAGAAGCUGGACCAUCCGAACGUGGUGAAGCUGGUCGAGGUGUUGGAUGAUCCGUUGGAGGACGAUUUCUAUCUUGUUUUCGAGCUGGUGCAGCAGGGCGAGGUACUGAGCAUCCCGACCGAUACGCCCCUGAGCGAGGAACGUGCCUGGAAUGUGUUUCGGGACGUGCUGCUGGGUGUCGAAUAUCUGCACUACCAGCGCAUCAUCCACGGCGACCUGAAGCCGGCCAAUCUGUUGCUGUCGGACGUGGGCGGUGUAAAGGUGGCCGACCUGGGCGUUUGCAACGAGUUUCUCGGCGAGGACGCGGCCAUGAACAAUGGGUCGACGGCGGGUACACCGGCAUUCCGGGCCCCGGAGACGCUGCUGCCCGGGCAGCACUUCUACAAUGGCAAGGCGGCGGACAUCUGGGCGCUCGGCGCAACCCUGUACUCGCUGGUCCACGGCAACGUACCGUUUAUUGCGAUGUCCGUGCCAGGCGUGUACGAGAAGAUCAAAAACGAUCCACUCGAGUUCCCGCCGACCAGCGGCAUCAGCGAGGAGUUGCGCGAUCUGAUCGGCCGGAUGCUGGACAAGGACCCGCAGCAGCGCAUCACGCUGCCCCAGAUCAAGGAGCACCCGUGGCUGACGAAACAGGCCACCGUCCGGCUGCCGACGGAGGAGGAAAACUGCCGCCUGGUACAGAUCAGCGACGAGGAUAUGAGCAGCGUGGUCAAGAGCAUCCCGAAGCUGGACACGCUGAUCCUCAUCAAGACGAUGCUGAAGAAGCACUCGUUUCAGAACCCGUUCACCAAGGGCAUCUCGGGACGGGCACCCCAGGCCGGUGGCUCCAGGUUAGAGCGGUUCUGUCGCUCGGGACGCUCCAACUCGGCGCCGGGCGAUUACCACACGUCCGAGCGUCAAUCAUCCAACGAAUCACUGCUUCCGUCGGUUACCGAAGGGGUCACAAGCCCACUUGGGAGCCCUGAACAGACCACCAUCAGCAUCACCUCGGCGAUGGACAGCCUUACAUUGAUAUCGGAUACUUCCAAUCCAUCCUCCAGCACUGACAAUGACAGCACAACGUUACUUCAAGCACACGCGGGAUCCACCAUCGAGCGGAAGGACAGCGCACGUGUCGGCGAUCCCAGAAAUGCUCAAGCAAUUUGAAAAUAUGAACUCGCAUAAUGGAAACCCAACCAGGCCGUUGAAGGUGUUGGCUCCCGUUGGCAAGCAAUAUGCGAACGGAGGCCGGAAUAAAACUACUGUAACGACGUGCAAUAGAUAAUCCUUGAUGCAAACUUCCUUCUAGCGUGUAGUGAAUGUGAAGAAGCAUUACUGUUAAGGCUCGACUUAGAUUACGAUCGUGUUUCUCUACUAGUUAUUCUCGAGCACAAAUCACCGGGAUCACACUAUUAUGUUAAAGUCCACCGGGAAGUAACGGGCCUUCGAAGCUUGGCGCCUUUUGGGCACACUGGCAGACCAACUGGCUACGGGAAACUGGUGUUGGGGGUUCGCACAAAAAGAAAAACAUGUCCCUCAGCAUCGCAAAAACAGUUUUUUAUCGACAGUUUGGCGACCUAGUAGUUAACGCUUGAUGCGCGUUAUCGAUGAUGACACAUUUUGUAACACGUAAAAUGUUGUAACAUAUUCAUUCGAGACAUUCCAGACUGCGAAAAAAAGGCGGUUACUGAGUGUAAUUCAGAAUUAAAUACGCUUUAUUACGCUAAGGAAGGUUUUACUGAAAUCCUCCACUCGGAAAGUAAAUCUCACUGUCACACCCUAUCGUACCUUUGAUAAGGAGUCGUUGGACGGUUCUGAACUGAAGUUCAGUGUAGUUUUCAAGGAUCAAGUUAAUCGAAAUGAUGGAGCCAAUAAAUUGACGCAUUCUAAUCGUUCCACUAUUGCAUUCUUGUGGGUUUUAAUUUUUUGGAUAGCUACCUAACAUACUCUGCUGUUGCUAGUGGUGCCUGUUGACAGCAUAGUACAAUUCCAAUGAUAGAGCUAGGCAAAAUGGUUUCCCAUUACUUGUGGGGCUGUUGGAAUUCAUAAUAACAAUUUUAAAUUUAGUGUAAUUAGAUGUGUUUCCUCCAAAGAAACGGGUUUUAGUGUUAGGUUUUUACAUUGUUUUAGUGUUAAAUAUAGAGAUGAGUGGAGAUCGUACCCUAAAUUUUUGCUAGGAGAUCCGAAAACGCACAUCAACAACGCGCAGGGUACGCGCCGAGAGCAAUAAGACUUUUGUUACGCAAAUGCACUGUACUCUUGGUACUCGUUUUUGGAAUGUUGCCAGAGGCAUUAAAGGAGUGUUAAUACAACUGAAACACAUUGAUUUAUACCUUGCCUUUGAUACGUCACCGUUUCAUGUUGCUCUUCUGUUUUUUAUUGUAAAAUUCCCCUUGUAAAUUGCAUCAGAGCUUCUAGCUUAAGAAUUGAACUGUUGUAGCUUGAACUGUUGUAUUGCAUUACAAACAUGACCUAUUGAGCAUAAGCAUGUGUUGCCCCGUGAUUUAAAUACAACGAGAAAUUAUGUUUUUGGAACCAAAUGUUUUCUAGUGCAAAGAAGCAAACCGAAGGAGAAACGAUUCAAACAUAAACACGGAAUGCAAUUUAUGCAGUAUCACAAACCGUGGCACGACCAGAAUAUGAACCAAGUCCAAUGCUUUAAAUAGUUGAUACAUUGCAUUGUAAACUAGAGUCAGUGUACCUUGCGAAUGAGAGUCGUUGAAGAUAGGAAAGAUAGAAACAUGAGUCAUUGAAGAUAGGAAAAGGGUACACGUUGUUAGAUAAAACCGUUACAUUUCAAAAUGUUUUAAGAACUGUAGCCAAUUGAGCGAAACGGUCUGGCUUAAUACGAAAAAUUGCAAACAAAACGGUAUUGCUAAUCAUCUUAAUGAGAUGCUGAUAACAAUGGAUCACAAAUCACGCAAACACAUGAAAUGUGAACAUUUUAGCAAUUCCCACAAUUGAACAACAAAAACCAUUAAAAAGCGAAACACAGAGCAAAGCAUUUGAUCAAAAUAACUACGAGUCUGCGGUUUUGUAAGUACAUUUUGCUAUCUGACCCACUAAAGCAUAUCACUGAGCACCGACCGAAUUGGAUUACUAGAAGGAUUGAGAGAACAAGGCGCUGUAGAGUAUCAGAACGCCCGGAACGGGACACAGGGGUGUUAUGAAUGAAAAACUUAAGCAAAAUCCUACAACCUGAAAGCCCAAUUAUGAAUUACGCUGACACUUUACAUAUUAAGCGGCAAUGGAUCGAUGAAAUCAGCCAAACAAUCUAGUUGCGUGAUAAGAAGUCCCGGAGAGGGGCGCAAAGGGUCCACGCAAUUCUGGCUAAGCUUUCCUCUCGUUGGAACCCUUACGAUAGUGAUAGUUAAGCAAAGAAGUAAAGAUAAAGAGAAGUCAAAUAUUCUUAACUUUUUUAUAAUACUAUUGCUCUUUUCAUAUUUCUCCAUUUGAGCGUAACCGUUAAGAUCCAGAUCAAUACGCAAUGAAUUGGAAAAUGCCAAAAUGCACAAGAAUUAUAAAACAAGACGAAGAAACACAUAAAACCUACUACCUAGCAAAUGAAGCUCGUUGCAAGUUUAAUCUAACAUUCUCGAUGGAUAUAUAAAAUCCCUUUUCAACGGUGCACGCGUGGAAAUGCUUCAAUACUUAAACAUUAACGGCACACUUUUUCUCUCAUCUGCACUCUCUAAUUACUUGCACGAUAAUGUAUGGACUUUUCUCUUUCUUCGCCUCUUGCCAGUAAUUACUCUAAAUACUAGACGCUGUUGCAAUAGUCUCACCGGUACCGUGCAAAAUAUAAUCAGUAACUAACUAGCAAACAGCAAAUGCAAUCGUAAUCGAUUUCCCGUAGCUUAAUUAAGCAGACAUUUUUUGCAUAAGUUUAUUUCAGUUUUAACUAAUUGAAUUUACUCUCCGUUGCAACUGGACAAUCAUGCUUGACUAUUUUAUUUGGCUUCUGGGAUACGCGGACAGCCGGAAAUUCAAUUGGCCCAAUUGUUAGUUCGAAAAGCAUAUGAGAACCCUAUUUGUAAUUACGUGGAAUUGUACCGUAAACUCUACGGUCGCGGUGUGAUUAAGAAAUUCUGCAUAUAAUUUUAUACUAUGCAUUAAAGCACAGAGAACCGUUCAAAGUUGUUCAUUUGGAAUCGGCCAAGCAGAUUGCCAGUUAUUUGACAACCUUCAAGGCGAGCAAUUUAAAGUUUAAUUAUACACAGUACCGAGCUCCUAGCUAAGCACCAUGAAAGGUUAUACAAUCGAUUAUGCCAGAAAGGGUAUAUAUUUUAAAGUCUACAAAAACUAACAAGGGUAUAAGAUUGAAGCAAAUAAA